AUGAGUUUAUCAGACCCAGAAAAGGGACCACAGGCUGAGGAAAAAAGGGAAGAGCAACAACAAAUUAACGAAAAACAAAUGUCCGAAGAGAAAGACUUUAACGAAAAGUCACCAGUUCCUAAUGAAGCGCCAUUCGACACCGUAGAAAACGUAGUGAAGCAACAAAAUUUGGAUGCUAAAUCCUCUCCGCAGCAAGAUUUGCCCUUUGAUUUCAAUCGGUUCUUGGAACAAAUGAAGCAUCGACGUGCGGAAAAAAUCAAUCGUAUUUUAAAAAAUUUUCAGAAAGAAUUCGAGCGAAAACCAUAUACAAUUAAUGAACAAAUAAAAAUAGUUCAUGAUUUCUUGGACUUUGUCCCAACAGAAAUGCGAGAAUGUGAAAUAUGGCAAGAUGCCUCUGAACAAGAAUUUGAAAAUGCCAAAGAAGGGAUAGAAAAAUUAGUGAUGAACCGUUUAUACUCACUAACUUUUACUCCUGCGAUUAAAGGACCUGUCACAACCGAUGAUAGAGAACGAGACGAGAUAUUACAUCAAAGAAUCCAGAUAUUUCGUUGGGUGAGAGAGGACCAUUUAGAUAUUCCUCUGACGCAACAUAACGAAUCAUUUCUUGGACUUGCUCAAGAUGAAUUAUUAAAAUUAAAUGCGUACAAAGCACCACGGGACAAGCUUAUUUGUAUCCUUAACUGCUGUAAAGUUAUAUUUCGUCUGAUAAGGAAAGUUGAUGGAGAAGAGGGUGCCGAUAAGUUUUUACCAAUCCUAAUAUAUGUGGUAUUACGAGCGAACCCUGAACAUCUGGUCUCGAACGUUCAAUAUAUAUCACGAUUCAGGAAUCCUGAGAAGUUGCAGUCGGAGGCUGGAUAUUACCUCUCAAGCUUGAUGGGUGCUAUCGCAUUUAUUGAAAACAUGGAUGUGUCUUCACUUUCGAUAACCCAAGAAGACUUUGACAAAAAUAUUGAGAUAACGAUGAAAGAAUUGGAACGUGAACGUCCAAAACCGGAAGUGAAUGAUUCUGUCAUUAGUUACGAUAAUGUUAUACAUCCUUCAAGAUCUGCGUAUCCUGCCCGAUCACCAAUAAUUUAUCCAGCACAAGCUCGAGCAUUAUACGAGAAUGGUAAAAACUUUGCACAGCGUACAAUACAAACGCCCUUAAACAUGUUCGGAAAGAUCAUCGCAGAGAUGACAACAGAAAUUGAAAACGGAGUCCGAACAAUCGGUUCUAGUUUGGAGGUUCGUUCGUCCUCGCAAUCCUCAUCGCCCAGUACUUCACCCCAUCAACCACCCUUAAUCAACGAGCCCCCUCCCUUGCCGCCUAGAUCUUCACCGCUAAACGGGAUUGGGAGAUUUGAAAACUCGUUAUCAUUACAAUCACAAUCUCCAAGACAACGUUCUCUCUCUGUGUCUUCACAUUCUUCUCGUACAUCAGACAAUUCAAAUGAAUUCUCAGAAAUGCAAGAAGAAUCAACCCGUGUUAGUGCAGCACAGUAUGAAUCUUCGCUCAAUGCGCUCAAACAAAUAUUCCAGGGUGCUGAUGUUGAAGUCUGCGAAGCUGUACUACAGGCUAGUGAUGGGGAGUUAUCUCGAGCCAUCGAUAAACUUUUGGAAGUAUUUGAAACUAAGGACGACGAUAAGAUUGUUGAUCAUUUACCUGUUGAUAAUGAAGGUGGUGGUGGCGGUGAUGAACGUGGUGAACAGCCCCCUAAUAAUAGUGAACUGUCUGUUGUCUCCUAA